AUCUGCACAACGCAUCGUCGGCAUGGCAUCCCCGCCAAGCAGCUCCUCUCGGCCGAGCGAUGGUCCCGCUGUCCGCGAAAAUGUCUUUCUGUUCAUUCCAAACGUGAUCGGAUACUUCCGGGUCAUCCUGGCCCUCACGUCGUUCUACUUCCUGUCGAACCGCCCGUGGAUAGCGAUGCUACUCUACUCCAUCUCCUGUCUCCUCGAUGCCGUCGAUGGUCACGCUGCGCGAUACUUCAAGCAGACAUCGAGAUUUGGUGCGGUCUUGGAUAUGGUCACCGACCGAUCGACGACAACGUGUCUGCUGGUGCAUCUGACCCUCCAGCACCCGCAACUCGCUCUGCUCUUCCAAGUUCUGAUAUCGCUCGAUCUGUCGUCGCAUUAUAUGCACAUGUAUUCGUCGCUGACAUCUGGAGCAUCAUCGCACAAGGUUAUGGACUCCAAAUCGAACCCGCUCCUGCGGCUCUACUACACAAGCUCGACGGUGCUGUUCCUGGUCUGUGCCGGCAACGAGCUGUUUUUCAUUGCCUGGUAUCUGACGGGCGCACUUCCGGACGAGUUUGCUCAAAAGGGUGCCUUUGCCCUGGCCGUGACCAUGUUUCCGAUCAUGGCAUUCAAGCAAAUCCUGAAUGUCGUUCAGCUGGUUGGAGCCUCCCGGCGUCUGGCCGAGGUCGAUUUGCGCCAGCGACAGCUCGAAGCCGAGGGCAAAAAGUCGUCGUAAGCGGCCCAGGGAGGAUUCUCUCGGAUGAUGUGUGAGGGACCGCGGCAUUGCCUGGCCUUGCGAUCCAUGGAUUUGCCGCGAACAGCGAGCAGUCCGGAGUCGACCUGUCAUUGGGCAGGCGCUGAAUAGACCACUUUAUCUAUCGA